CAGCUUCUCUCCCGGAAUUAAUUUCGUCUUAUUUUGUUUCCGGUUCGCCAAACGUUGGCACUCCUUUUGACUAAUGAAGUAAGGGUUGGCUUUAUGGUUCGAAUGCAAACAACGUUUUCAGCCACUUUGCUCAACAUCCCCCGUACCAUUGCAGUUGCCUCCGUCGCUUCCAUGGAUCCUUUUACAUUAAAUUCAUCUUCGCUUUUUUCCUUUUUUUCUCUUAUCGAGUCAAUUGUGGAACAACGGCGUCACCUGCAAGUGGGUAAACAGAUUGACCAGCCAAAUCCGGGAUUCAUUGAUUUCUAAACGCAUGCGCACUACCCUCGCAUAACGAUAUGAAAAUUGUAUGUUCGUCACUUUUCAGCCACCGGUUUAUGUAGUAAAAUGCAG